AUGUCAGCAGUUCCACAAUUCCCACCACCUCAUGUCAUCCCGGACGACGAGUCUCCCCAGAGCAUCAACUGCGAAAGUAGUCAAGAAGCACGGCCGCCGCAAGAAACACUAGCUCUGCCAGCUCCUCAAUUGCAAACCGAGGCGGCGAAAGAGGCGGCGAAGAAACUCGAGGUCGGCGCCGAAGCUCUCAAGCUCGAUCAUCUUGGCCCAUUGGUUGUCAAUUCGGAUGGGACCUUAAGUCGGAUACAAAACUGGCCGAAUAUGACGCCGUUUGAGCGUGAAAGGACUAUCCACGUUUUAGGAAAACGUAAUAGGCUAAGAACAGAAUCACUUUUGGCUCAAGGAAUAACGCCGGGUGCUAUCGGGAAUUAA